AUGGAAGAGCCUAAAAAAGAUCAAUACCUUGUGGAUUCGUCGUCGCUGUUCGGGUCUACCAACCUCGAUGAUAGCUCCAUUAGAACGGAGCUACAGCUGGAUCACAAUAAAGAUAUCAGGCCCAGUCGAUCUCAUCGCAGCAUACGACUCUUGGCAUUCAUCUUGCUAUGUAUCGUCGUACCCGUGGCUCUGUAUUUCGCCCUUCGUCGCGAUCACAGCUAUGCGUAUUCAGCCAUGCAUCUAUCGGGUCUGGUACCUGUGACGAUUAUUAUACAUCGAACGAUCUUUGAACGCAAUAUGGACAUCUUGGGCGUAUUGAUAUUGGCGGAAUUUGUAGCCUCCAUGGUGGUGCUGCUACUUCCUGGGGAUGCAUUGGAAAUCAUGGCUCGCAAAGCAUGGCUGGACAUUGGAAAUGCCAUUGUGUUGUUGUUGACCAUGAUUCCAAGUCAAUACAUGCGGCCUCUCCUAUACUUUGCGUUUCGAGAUAUCAUGCGCAUUGUCAAGCUCAUUUUCCCUUCCGAUGGACGGUAUCCCGUCGAUAGGAUCGCAUGGGCAUGGAACAACCUACGAAGCUAUCGCAACUGCAUACGAUCGCUGACCAUCAUGUGGAUGCUUAUCUUUCUGGUGACGGGUGCUGUCCGUCUUGGCCUAAUUUACAAAUCCGCACUCCCGCAGGACAGCCUUCUUCAUACCCUCAUGCUAAUAUCUGACGUUCCUCUCGACAUCGGCAUCCUCCUGACUGUCCUCAUUGGGGGGAUUGGAAUGCGCCUGUUCGUCAGCAAGCGACUCUCAGAACACAAUAUUGUGCGCAACACCUCUGAUGUUUAA